AUGAAAUCAUUGAUUGUGUUAGCAGUUUCUAUUGCAAUUUCAUUGGCUUGUCGCUGUAUACCACCGACAACUGAAACUACUUAUUGUAGUGCUGAUUACAGUAAGUUGAUUUUAAUUUUUUUAAGUCAGAAUUCGAAAAAAUUGAAAUUUUUUUUUGAUUUUUACUUUUUCCAAUUUAAAAUUAAUAUUUUCAGUUGGUCGAGUGAAGAUCACAAGUAUGAAAUCAUCUGAAGACAAAUCAUACAUAAUUUAUGGAUUCAAGGAAGUCAAGAAGUAUAAGGUCUGUUAAUCCUACUCUACCCGAGCCCUACUUGAGUCCUACUUUACCCUACCCUACCCUACCCAAGCCGUACCCUAACCUAUCUUACCCCCUUACCCUUUCUUACCCUAACCUACUCUAUCAUAUUCUACUCUACCUUACUAUUGUAAAACAUUUUUAUAGGGCAAUGGAACCUACACCAAAUUCCAAACUCCAUCACAUUCGGCUACAUGUGGCAUUAGUUCGUUGAAGGUUGGUCAAGAAUACUUACUUCCAGGUAUGUUUGUCAAAAAAAAUUCUUUUGUAUAUCGAAUUGAUUUCAAGACGAAUCAAACAAAAUAUUCUAAAGGUAAAAUACGGUUCCGCGUCACUAAUGGCAUAAAAAUUUAAAUUUUAAAAUUUUCAGCAAAACUUCAAAAAGCAGUGUUAACAGCAAACACUUGCCUUGGCUUCCCAGUUGAAGAUAAUCAUGGUGUAGGGCCUUUGGAAUGGGAAAAGGUGCCCCAAACUUUAAAAGAUGUGCUGGAAAAGAACCCGCCCAAGUGCUGA